UAGAGACCAAUUAUUGACAGAACACGUUCUUUCAACUUCCUUUUCUCCGCCAUUUUUACGUGAACUCAGAGAAGACUGUUUAACGCCAUCAGAUUUUUGCAAAUAUGAUGGGAACUGUAGGUCAACAAGAUGAUCCAGGGAAACUUUUUGUUGGAGGACUUCAUCCUUCUACAAGUGAAGAAUCAAUGAGAGAUUAUUUCUCUGGAUUUGGUCAAGUUAAUGAUUGCAAGCUUAUGAUUGACAAUGUCACAAGGAAAUCAAGAGGGUUUGGCUUUGUUACCUUUGCUGAUGCAAGAUCUGCUCAAGAUGUCCUUGACAAAGUCCCUCAUGUUCUUGAUGGCAAACAGAUUGAUCCAAAGAAAGCUGUACCUAAAGGACCUGGUCAGAGCAUAAUUUUGAAGCAAAUGGGGAAACAUGAAGACCAAAGGAAUUUAUCUUAUGGCCUAUCAAAUGUGACUUCCGGUGCUGCAAGAUCUCGGUCAAGGAAUCCAGAAUGUAAAGUAUUUGUUGGAGGAAUCAGCCAACAAACCACAGAUAAUGAACUGAGAGCCUAUUUCUCAGAGUAUGGCAAUGUAAUGGAAGUUGUCAUUCCACAAGAUAGAAAUACAGGAAAUAUUCGAGGAUUUGCAUUUGUUGGUUUUGACAACCCUGAUACAGUACAAAGACUCCUGAGAAUUCACUUCCACCAAAUCAACGGAAGAACGGUUGAAGUCAAAAGCUGCGAUGAACAAGGGACAAAACAGCGUCAAAUGCAGAAUAUGAACGGACAAUUUAUGGGGGCACCAGGUGCGGAUAUGACAGGUGCAGCGUAUGGCCAGGCCGAUGGCUCUGCUGGGGCUUACGGUCAAAAUGCCUACGGCGCUUACGGCAGUAUGCUGCAGCAAGCGGGUUACGCGCAGGCACCAGGAGCUGCCGCAGGACCAUACGGAGCUGGAUAUGCAUAUGGCGCGGCUGGUUACGGUGCUCUUUCUGGUGCUGCUACAUCACAAUACGGAGUUGCCUCGACCUCUGCCAUGGCUAGCCAAACUACUGCGGCCGCAGGGGGAGCAGCCGCACCAGGGGCAGAUUAUUCAUUCGGAGCUCAGAUGUAUGGUUUUGGCAACUACCAGCAGGAGGCCUCAAGCUUUGGACCAGCCAGAAGCAUUGGCGCCGAUUUAACCGGAUACGCAUCUGUCGGAACUGGGGCUUUGACCGCUGCUUAUGGAGGAGCCGCAGACGCAGCAGCGGCUUACGGUGUUGGAGUAAGCUAUGCUGACACUUCGGCUGCAUUUGGAAGAGGAACAGUUCAAAACAGCACAAAUCAAAGAGGAUAUCACCCUUACGUUAGAUAAAUGCUAGUUGAUCGGACAAGAGGAUUGUUUUAGAGAUUUUUAGAAGGUGAUCUGUAAAUGCCUCGAUCGUAUUGACGUGGGCGAGUUUGUGACUGCGGUUAGAAGGAACUCCACAAGCACAUCUUUGCUCUUCCACCCCUCUAACAACGUGUCUCCUUUAUAGGUUAGAAUGUCAUAGGGAGCCUUAGGACUAUUAAAACACCUUACAGAAAAGUGGUUUGCUAAAGUACGUUGUAUGUUUUUAGGUUGGGCAGAAAGGACAAAGCUUCUAGGAAAUAGCUGGAACUUUGAAUGAUUUAUUAGUGCAGCAGGUCACGCUGAAAAGAGUAACUGGAAUUGUAUUUACUAGUUUGUUAAAUUUGCUGUUUGUUCUUUGCUAAUUUAUGCAUGGGCUUCUCAAAUAAUGUAAAUAUCAAUUGGUAAUUGUAUUUGAUUGAUCAAAUUUAUGUUAAGAUAUUCAGUGUAAAACAGUAAUAUUUUUGGAUAGCAAGUCAUAGAUAUCUGGUCGAUUUAGACGCAUGCAAACCUUUCUUGCGUUUCUGCGAAGUUUGCAAAGUCGAUUUAUACUAAUUGUAGAAAGAGUUGCUCAUUAGGUAGGUUAUCUGAAAUUAUCGGCGGAAUAUGCUAAGCAGCGUCAAAAGACCGCAUCUGGUUCUACAUAGUUCAUGUAGCAAUAUUGACAUUCGUCAGUGAACUUGUUUUCUGAGUGCUGUUCGUUUUUCCUACAAUGCACAUCGUGUGUGAUUAAUAGCAUCACAUAUCAUUUCGUAAAUAAUGAUGUCAUCGAUGGCCUACGGUUGCUUGGGCCCGAUGGUUUUUCCCCUUUUGAAUACGGGCGGCAUCCACCUCCCCCCAUCUUUCUUGUUUCUAAGACGUUUGUUAUACCUGAUGAACAUAACGAAAUGCCUGCUAGGAUCUAUGUUGUCCUGCCUUGGUCUAAAGCACCCUCGGUAAUUUUCAUAUUUAGAUUUUUCAACCUUUUACAUUUUCAUCGAGUCGAAUAGUUUUUUAACACGAGUAUAGUAGAGAUUUAAGGUUCUCAGACACGUCAUUCGUAUCGAGGUUCUAUUUAUUACGAUAAAGUCUGAUUUUAUUUUGUUUUAAUUGCAAAAGUAGAGAGUUCAAAACUACUUUCAUGUAAUCAAGUGGCAUAAUAUCUAUGUAUUUUGUAACAAGAUUUAGUUACGUUUUUUCUCAUUAUAUAUCCGUUACUGUCUCA